CUCACUUAGGAUGUUGAUAGAACUAUGACAGAUGUAGAAAAUGAAAUGUGUUCAACCAGCCGGUGUAAGAUCUCCUGCACGAUCUGAUAAAGUGCCCAUCAGUAGCCGACCAGCCCAUACUUCUCCUACAUUUCUACCCAAUAAUCAGGACCCCUUCACACCUCAAAACUUAAAGGUUUAUUCUGGAUCUCUGCACAAAACAACUCCGUAUGCCAGCAUAUUCUGUAUCAAAUCCACGACAAGCGCGGAAGUAGUUCAGAAAGCCCUUGAUAAAUUUGGUAUCACUGAUCAGGCAGCAGAAUUCCAACUAGCCGAGGUCGAGGAGAAUAAAGUACAAAGAGAACGCAGGUUAAAUGCUCAGGAACAUCCUUUGGAACUGCAGACAAAGUGGAAUAGCGAGAGCUCGCACAAGAACUUUUACUUGAGAAGAAAGGUAAACUCGGUUAAAACAACACAAUGGGUGCACCGUACAGAGGAUUUGUCCUCCAUAAGAGAUGUGCUGAACUCCAAGCAGCGUGAUGCUCCCGAUGAUCUCUGUCAACUCUCCACCCUCACCGAGCAGAACCUUCUCUCUUCACUUGGGACUCGCUUCGAGAAGGACAUCAUCUACACUUAUGUUAACUCCAUCUUGAUUGCAGUGAACCCUUUCAAAGACCUACCCAUCUACAACGUGGACUUGGUUUUGAAGUACAACAACAAGAGGAGAGAUGAAAUGCCUCCCCACAUAUUCGCUGUGGCUAACGAGGCUCUCAGAAAUAUGCUCCACAAGAGACAGAACCAGUGUAUGGUGAUCUCCGGUGAGUCAGGAUCAGGUAAAACAGAGACCACACGUCACAUAAUACAUUGGCUGACUACAACACAGAACAAACAUUCCACCACACGGACCCUUGCUCAGUCUAUUCUUGGAGCUGGGGAACUGCUGGAGGCGUUUGGAAACGCACAGACGUUACGUAACAAGAACUCCAGUAGAUUCGGACGAUUUAUACAACUGGAGUAUAGACAGGAUGGCUCUGUGCAUGGGGCUGUGAUAGAGAAAUACCUUCUAGAGAUGUCGCGGAUCACCAAUAUCUCUAGCAAAGAAAGGAGUUACCACGUGUUUUAUUAUCUACUGGCGGGCUGCAACAAACCACUGUAUGAUGAAAUAGACCUGAAACCUGUUUCUGGAUUCAACUACCUAAAUCAGAGUGUUGUCACGGUCGAUGGUAUGGACGAUCACGGCGGUUUUAUCAAGCUCAAACGAUCCAUGAAUAUGGUCGGGAUUUCUGAGGAGCUGCAGAAAAACAUUUUCAAAGUGUUAUCAGCGAUCCUGCAUAUCGGUAACAUCACAUUCAAACAAGCCAACAACAUCCGAACGAGCGAGGAGUGUGUGGUGAUCACAGAUAAGGGAGCUCUGGAUACUGUGGCUAAGUUACUGUCUGUCAAUGCUGAUUUGCUGAAGGAAGCUCUUACUACUAAGAAGUCGUUUGCAAGGGGCGAGCAGUUCGUAACUCAUUAUAAGAGGGUCGAUGCCACUGCAACACGUGAUACGCUAGCUAAGUCCCUGUACACCUACCUGUUUGAUUGGUUACUAAUGCACGUAAACAGAGGUUUGGUAGCAGACAACAGGAGAUCUGAACAUUACCUGUCAAUAGGACUGCUGGAUAUGUUCGGGUUCGAGGACUUCCAGGACGGAAACAGAUUCGAACAGUUCUGUAUCAACUAUGCAAACGAACAACUCCAGCAUUUCUUCGACCAACAUAUUUUCAAACUCGAGCAGGACGAGUACACGAAGGAGAAGAUUGUGUGGACCAUGGUUGGUUACAAAGAUAACGAGUCAUGCUUGGAGUUGUUUAGAGGGAAACCUAUAGGACUUCUGCAUCUUCUAGAUGAGGAAAACAGUUUCCCGGGAGGCUCGAACCAGUCACUACUACAGAAGUUUAACGAUAACCAUGGUAAUCAUGAGAACUACAACAAAACUCAGAUCCAAGAAAACGCAUUUGAGAUUAUACACUAUGCUGGUCCAGUCCAGUACAGAAUAGACGAGUUUUUGGAGAAGAAUAGAGGUCACAUGAGGGCUGAUAUUGUGCACGUCCUGAAAAGCAGCACUUCUCUGUUCAUCAAACGUCUCAUCGGUUGUGAUCCAGUAGCGCUGGCACGGUGGACGUUGCUCCGCAACUACAUUGGAGCAGUGUUUGCUUGUAGGAACGCUAUACAAUCCUACACUCUUAGUCCUACAGAUAACAGGGAACAAGGAGUGUCAUUUACACCCCCAGGACCGCGGAACAAAUCAUCCGACUCUGACGGGAGCCGGAGCGUCAAGGACCGAGCAAGCGCGUACAUGUCCGACAACCCCGCGUUUGCGGACCUGGACGCCAAGAUUAGACGGAGCAGUGACGGACCUAAGCAGAACCAGCCGCCGCGCAGGAGCGAGAGCCGAGAGAUAUUACAUGUUAGUGAGAUCCCAGCUACCAAACACCGACAAACUAGACAACAAGUGUUCAGAGCUGGUGCUAGGGGGAGGCGACAACCUCGCUCCACUGUCGUGGGACAAUUCAUGUCCUCGCUGACGAGCCUGGUAAAAGUUCUGAACUCUGCGAACCCACACUUUAUCCGCUGUAUAAAGAGCAACUAUGACGGUAAACCCAACAUGUUUGAAACUGAUUUCGUGGACAGACAACUGAGGUAUACCGGCAUGUUGGAAACUAUCCAGAUACGCAAAGCUAGCUACCCUGUCCGUUAUAACAAGGAGGAGUUUUGCAACGCAUUCAGGUUAUCGAUGAGGGAGUCACACCAGAAAGACAUCGCCAAAUUCUUUGAUUGGGCCAAAAUUGAGAAGGGACAAUACCAGCUGGGACUUAGUAAGGUGUUCAUGAGGGAAGGACCAUUACAGCAGCUGAACGAGUACCAAGACAGGCUGAUAUUAGACAGAGUACAGCUGAUACAGUCUCACCUGAGAGGAUGGCUCGGCAGAGUCAAGUACAAGAGGAUGCGAUUAGCUGCUAUUUUAAUACAGAGACACUGGCGAGAGUAUUCAAAACGGCAGCGGUACGCAGCUGCGUCGCUCAUCGCAAGCAGCUGGAGGAUGUUUGUCCAGCGGAGACGCUACGUGGACAUGAGGGAGGCAGCUCUCGCCGCGCAGCGCUGUUGGAGACGCAACCACAACCUGACGUACCCUAAAUCCUUGACGAUGAGUCCAAAAACAGAAGAGCUUUUCGAAACUAGUCCAAUCACUGAUACCACGGAACCCGAAGUAGGGGAGACGAAAAUGUUCAAAGACACGCUAAUGAAGGAUAUAAUGAGUACCUUUUCCUUCCUGGACGAUCAGCCCGAUGAGGAGUCCGUUCGGCCGAGUCCGGUUCCAAGUUAUACACCCCGGCCGAGUCCUGAACCUUGUUGCACUCCGAGUCUUAAAGAUAGGGACUCGCCCAUGCAGGAUGAUCUUCCCGCACAAUCGAGGACCCCGGACUCUCUCGCCCCUCUAUCACCCCGACUAGAUCCUAUCACCACACAUGGUCGUACCUUCCUGCUGCCCGAACCUGUUCUAAAUAAGUUACAGAGCUUGGACCAGGAAAUGCCGGAAGAGAUAGAUAUAGAGACAGAUACGGACUAUAGAGACGACGUUGAUCACGACGGAUCAGGCGGCUCCCGGCUUGCUGCCCAAUCAUCAUGGAACAAGGAAGGGUUGCCCCCAUCGCCUCUGCAGCGGGGCGGUCCCGCGCGCACGCCCUACUCGCGGUCCCAGAGCGUCACAGACCCGCCUCCCGCUCAUCUGGUCCGCUCCAGCUCAACAAACUACGCUGGAACUUGGAGUGAAGUCCAAUCGUACGCCGAGAAGCAUUUUCUUCUGACUACAUCGUUCAAGUUCAUGCGUUCAAAGGAGGAGCAAGAUACCAACGUGAGUAACUACAAUUCAGAGGAGAUGAAAACAAAUGUUAAUACUGGCAGGAAAAUGGCACAUUUCUCUGGCAGAAGAAAUAGGAAGAGAAGGAGUAUUCAGAAGGUUAAGAAGGAUGGAUCUAACAGACUCAGUAGAUCUAUGGAGGACCUAGACUGUUUGGAACUUAGUGCUCUGGAAGAGAAACCCAAGACGGAGGCCCCUCACAGAACUGAAAGCACCAGCACGACCCAGAACUCAGCCCUGCCCACACUUAACCACAUAUUCAAGAGUGUGCCGGCUCCUAGGGGCAGUGUGUGCAACUCUUGUGGCAAGAAACUUCAGGCGCGUAUAUUUGCACGUGCGAUGCAGUGUCAAGCACAGACGUGUCACAAGAUAUUCCACCGGAACUGCCAAGAAAAAGCAGGACAGUGUAUGCCGACCUAUGAACAACCAAAGAGAGUUCUUGCUAACAACCUUGGGGAAAUCCUCAUGUUGGAGAAAUUCAUCUUGCAGAAGAUAAAGGAGUUACAGAACCAGGGGGAGAAAGUAGUGCACGACAAGACGAUAAGUAAAACGUUUAUCAGUGUUCUGAAGGAGUUCCAGGAGUAUCUGACUAGAACUCAGGCAUCCCUUUCUGCUAAUCCUACCAGCAAUAUCUUCAAUCUUUACUACGAGGAGUGUACGACUAUAUUCGAGCACUGCCUCACCAAAGUCAAGACUCGCAGCCAAGAACUGAAGCUCUCCAUAGACCCCAAACUCCCUGUCAAAGCGCUCUUCCACUCCAUGUUGGAAAACUUCGAUUUCUGUCGCCACGAGGCCUCGUUUAAAGAGGACGCCAGGAAGAGUCUGCUAGCAACCUACACUGUCAGAGAGAGGCUAACCUUAUCUAGAGCUAACAAAGCCGGUAUCAUCGAACAUAACGGACACAGGCUAGUUUUAACGGCUUACGGUAUUGUCAUGACGUGUGUAGGCUGCAAGAAACGUAUAAACAUCCUGGAACACUGCAAGAUAUGUCAGGAGUGCAAAGUCAACUUCCAUCAGAAAUGCUACAAGAAUUCGACACAGCAGUGUACAGGAAUCCCGGUUACAAGCCCAAGUGCCCAACCCAAGCCCUUCUUCGGAACCUCUAUACAGGAUCUGGUGGCUAGUGAAGGCGGUGUUACGAUCCCCAGGAACCUGGAUAAAAUGAUGCUCGUCUUAGAACAAAACGGUUUAUACACGUUGGGAUUGUAUCGUGUUAACGCUAAUCAGAACCAGAUGAAGAGUCUGAAAAACAAGCUCCUCGUCAACAAUCCAGAUCUCAGUAUAGACGGAAUAGUACCAGCCACCUUAUCCGCGAUGGUGAAGAUGUUCUUCAGGGAGUUACCGGAGCCCAUCCUCACCUUCAACCUCUACCACGACUUCAUGAACACCAGCAAGAUAGAACUGGGAUCUCGUCACAGGGCUCUGUUAGAACUGGUUCACAAACUGCCACGUGUUAAUUUCCUGGUGUUUGAGCGGCUUGUCUACCAUUUAGCUCAAGUGGCCAACGAGGAGUCAACUAACAAGAUGAACGCCAGCAGUCUGGCGGUGAUAUUCGCACCCAACCUGCUGCGCCCCCUCAAGGAGCCCUCAGCAAUGCAAGCUCUAGAGGAAGUGAAACACAGAACUGUGGUUAUACAGAGUAUAAUCGAGAGUAUGAUUAAGAAAUAUGUCGCAACUCUGGCCAAGAUUAAUAGUCUUGAUGCGGGAGACACAACAGAGGACACAGCACGGAGGAAAGCAGAAUGUCUGGUGCAGCUAGCUCAGAUGCCGAAUCCAGAGGAUAUGAUGGGACCUCCUGGAUCUGAAUCUGUUACUUCCGACACUGAGUCUUCUGCCUCCGCAAGCAUCUCUCAAGGUAUAGAGCCUCUGAGACAUGUUACAAGGACCAGACCGAGUCAUAACGACAGAAGAGCACCGACACGUAGACACUCUACAUCUCCUAACCCUAGUCCUAGUAACUCGAUGAAGGGGGGAGGACCUAAGAGUAUAGCGGAUGGAGUGCGGAAAAAGGACGGAAAAAGUCGUAAAAACAGGCCGAUAUACGGCGGCGGCUCUUUUAACUCCAACCACUUGUGAGGGUGAUAUAAUAAGGACCGUUACGUGGAUCUAACUUAGCCGCUCUUUGUAGAUAUUACUGAAUAAGAAGAUAAGAGAUACAGUCAGGAGAUAAUAAAGAAGUAAGACAGUGGGUUUGGAGCGGGAGAGAUAUGGAUGAGAUUGGUAGAUUUUGGUAGUUUUUGUAGUCAUUCGAGAGGGGACCUUGAAAUUGGGUACAAACAGUGUUAUCUGUUUUCUCGUGAGCACACGUGACCAAAUUGAAACCCAUUUGUUUGAUAGGAAAUAAGGAAAGAUCACAUCAUUAUUACUCAUUGUGUCAACAAAAGUUGGAUUAUGGAAACUUAGAACUAGGCAGUAGGUGUAGGUAGCAGUAGGUGUAUAAAACUGGAUUGUUUGCUAUUGGGCUGGAACUAACCGUGCUACUGGAAAGUCUGUCUGAAAGACCUGUUAAUUGACCAAUUAACUAAUUAGGUAGUUGAGUCAUUUUAAUUACCUAAUUGAAUAAUUACUGUGGAUCGAAAUGUGUAAUUUGUAUACAACACCGACCUUUAUCUAAUCUUUUUUUAUUUUGUGUAUCGAUGCUAGGGUCUGUAAUAUAUAAUUAAAACACCGAAUUUAAUCGGACAUGAUAUUGAUACGUUAUCUUUAGCGGUAGAGAUAAUGUAACUGCACACUGAAUAAUAUGCAAGAAGGUUCUGUACCGUCUUCGUAGCAAGUAUUUUUACAAUAUUUUUAGGUUUUUGUUGAAAAAUUAAUGAUUCCAUAAGAGUAGACCACGGAAAAGAAGUGAGCUUUAUGUAGCCAUAGUUAUCUGGUGAUUUUAGAUGUUAUCUUUUAAUAAGUUAUUUUAGAUAUUGAUCAUUUUUAUGGGUUGUUAUGAAAAUGAUUUCGAAAAUGAAACUUAGUCCCACGCUUUCUUACCACCUGUUCUACCGGGGAAGGCUGCUAAUUACUUUAUUUCUCUGUAGCCACUUCAUUUUUUGACGCUGAAUUUUUGACGUUGCUUAUUUUUACCCCUUUAUGUGUUUUUGAUUGUAAUUUUGGACAUGUGCGAUGCAGAGCACAAUGCACAUGGACUGAGGUCACGUGAUAGAUGAACGGUCACGUGAGAGUCGUGACCGGCUGAGAAUUCGUACGUUUUUAAACGUAAUAUCUUGUAAAGUAAUGUGUGUCCUUCUUCCGAGUUUAAAAUGAUAAAUUAUUUUAUACAUUCUGAUUUUUAUGUAAUUGCCGAGUUUUACUUGUGCUCGUUAGCAUAGCUUUUAUGAGCGAUUAUGGAUUACUUCUCCAACCAAA